AUGCGAAUGCGUGUACGAGGGCCCUCGGGUCAGUCAACAGUGUCCCUGGACGAGUCGGCCACUGUUCAUGAUCUCCGGACACAAAUUGCAGAAUGUACUGGCCUGGUCUUCUUCGAGGUGAAAUACGGAUACCCGAACCUCAAGCCCUUGCAACUUGACCAGUUUCGGGCCGACCAAAAGAUCACCGACAUUGGUGUCAAUCUGAAUGGAGAACAGUUGAUUGUCGCGCAAAGAGAAGGAACUGCUCGCCCUAAUGAUCCGCCAUCCCUCGACCGACCUGGCUCUGACUUUCGCCAACCAUCGCCACAAUCUUCGUCGAUGUCGCAAAAUCCAGAUUUGAAUGCCGAGGAUCCUCCCGAGAUUGCGUCCCCUGAACACGCCGGCACCUUCGUGCUUCGAGUUAUGCCAGAUGAUAACUCGUGUCUCUUUCGAGCAGUAGGCGCGGCGGUCAUGGGCGACAUGGAUACAAUGGUUGAGCUACGGUCGAUUGUCGCGGGAUCCAUUCAGUCUAAUCCCACGGAAUACUCGGCAGCAAUUCUAGGCAAGAAACCGGAUGAGUAUUGCCAGUGGAUUCAGCACAGUGACUCGUGGGGCGGCGCGAUCGAGCUCAAGAUUUUGAGCGAGUACUUCAAUAUCGAGAUUUGUUCCAUUGAUGUAAAAACUUUACAUAUGUUUCAAUUCAAUGAAGGUGCACCGACUCGAUGUAUCGUGGUAUACUCGGGUAUUCACUACGACGUCCUAGCACUCUCACCGUCCGACCCGCCAUACACUCGUGCAAAUUCAUUUGCGCAUGGCGACACCAAGAUCUUUGACGCUAUCGACCCAAUCGUACUGGAGAAAGCGAAAGAGCUAUGCCGCAUUCUACAAAGCAAACAUUAUUAUACCGAUACAGCUGCGUUCUCGGUCCGUUGCAAUACGUGUGGUGGCACCUUCACUGGAGAGAAAGGAGCGACUCAGCAUGCCUCGGAGACUGGCCACUAUGAUUUUGGGGAAGCCAAGUAG